ACUUCCCAGGUCUGAAAAAAUCAUAAGGGAGCUGGUCACCAUGUCAACAGAAUCCUGGAGCCCCAGCCCUGGAGAGGGAGAUGAAGGCUAUGAGUGGUCAGGGGAUUAUGAGGAGCCAAAGUUCUGUCCCAUUGUUGAUCUCCCCUACAGCCAUGUCUAUAUUCCCCUCCUGUACCUGGCAGCCUUUGGAGCCGGGCUGAUGGGCAACGCCUUUGUGGUUUGGCUGCUAGCCAGACGGCAAGGUCCGAGGAGGCUCGUGGAUACCUUUGUCCUCCACCUGGCAGUGGCUGACCUGAUUUUUGUGGUCACCCUGCCCUUUUGGGCCACAGCUGCAGGCCUGGGAGGCCGCUGGACCUUUGGGGAGGAUCUGUGCAAAGUCAGCAGUUUUCUUAUCGCCGUGACCCGAUGUGCCAGUACAUUGCUUUUGACUGGUAUGAGUGUCGAUCGAUACUUGGCUGUGGUGAAACUCUUGGAUUCUAGAUCUCUUCGAAACCAAGGCUGCAUUCUGACCACAUGCGGAGUGACCUGGACCAUCUCCAUUGUGGCGGGUGUUCCCUCCCUGGUCUACAGGAAACUGCUCCCCAUGCCCAUGGGUCCAGGAAGCCGCUGUGCAGACGACCCUACUGACAUCUUCCAGUGGCUCAGUCUCCUGGUCCUAUUGCUCACAUUCAUCUUCCCACUGGGUAUCACCCUUUUUUGCUACUUCCUUAUAUCUCGACGUCUCUGGAACCCUCCCCACUUAGGCCGGGGCCGAAAGAACUCCCUCAGGAUCAUUUUUGCCAUCGUUGGCACCUUCACCUGCUCCUGGCUACCCUUUAGCAUCCUGAAGACCUUUUUCCACAUUGCCCACCUGAGGACUCUGCCUUUGGACUGCCCGCUGCUCCUGGCAUUACACUGGGGUCUCACCCUCUCUACCUGCCUCGCCUUUGUCAACAGUAGCGCUAAUCCCAUCAUCUACCUGCUUCUGGAUCGAUCCUUCCGGGCUCGGGCACUGGGGUCAUGCAAGCAUGCCCACCCUCCCCUGGCAAGCAGGGUGAGCUCAGCCUCAUCUCUCUCAGCAGGGGACAGCUCUAUAUUCCAAGGCAGGGCCUUGAAACGGGGUCAGAACCCCCACAUGUGUCCUAGACUUUCCUUAUCCUCGAGUCCAUGAAGGAAGGGGAAGGGGUUGCAGGAAGCAGGAGCAUCAAUGAGCAGGUAAUAGGUGAGCAGCAGGACAAUUCCCCUGUUGGAAUUGUUUUUUCUCAAAGAAGACAGCACCAGCUUCUCUACCUGGAUUCUUGCAGCUGAGAGCCAGUGAUUCUCCAGAGUCCAAGACCAUUAUACCCUUUGACAGUCCAGAAUAGCUGGCCCACAUAUUCCCCUCAGUCCCUUUUUGAACUCUUAUAAUUCAUCAUUUUCUUCAUCAUUCUUCCUAGCCCUGAAAAAACCUAAGUCAGACAAUCCUAGAGUCAAAAGUCCUGCACCAUUACUAUAGUCGUGACAAUGAAUUUUCUUCUCUAUACUUUCAUUUCUGAUUUUUCUCUUUACCAAAAUGCCAGACCGGGUCAGAUAUAUAACUAAUAACCAUUAACCAUAACAGCUUGCUUGUAUAUCGUGUUUGCAAAAAGUACUUUACAGAUGUCAGCGUAUUUGACCAGAAUAUCUCAGAAUAUCAAAGCCAGACUCCCAUCUCUGGGUUGUCCCAGUCCUAAAGAUCAUCUCCACCUCCCAUUCCCAGUCCCACAAACUGAUGAUGUUAGCUGGAGACUAUAUAAUUUCUGCCCUUCCCUACUCUUUAUUCCCCUCUUCCUACUAGCUCCUCACUCACAACCUCCUCCCUGCCAUGGUAAUCUUUGUAUUUUUGUGGUGUUUCAGAGUGCUCUGAGGUCAGACACAGCUGCAGGUGAUUAAAAAGACCAUUAGUCACCCACCAUCUUUUUGCUUUCAAAGCUCUGCUGGGCCCACUGUCAUGUUUCCUAUCCCUAGCCCUUAGUUUCUUUAGAAGUCUUUGCUUCUAAAGAACCCAGUCACUUCUAUUUGUUGUCUGAGCAAAAACCCAAGAUGUUGAAAGAUGUUCCUCAGAAGCUGUUUUACAGAGCCUCUAAGGUAAGGGAAGUAAAAGACAUAGAAGCUGUAACCACAAGGAAAGUUUAAUAGGCAAGGAAAUUGAGGCACAGGGUGGGGGCAGGGGCAGGGAAAGUAACUACCCCAGAGUCAAAAAUUUGCAGUCAAAUUGUUUUUGCUUCUAUGCUAGAUAUUUAUCCACCUUGUCUUUUCCUCCUUUCUUUAGUAUUCAAGGCUCUAAAGUAUUCAGAUGUGGACUUGGGAUAGUGCAGAAGGGAGGUUCCUGCUGAGAAGCUAAAUUCUGGAGAAAGCCGUUGAGCUUCUGAGCUCUCCUGUUCUCCUUUCUUUAGCCAAGGAACAAAAAAAUCCUUGAAGUUUUCUGUCAGCAAAGAACUGUCCCCUCCUCGAGAAUAAAUAUUUUUAACAAA